GUAGAAACGAAAACAUUCCAUCGUGGUGUUAUCGCUGUAUAAUCAUCAAUUUUCCGCCAUGGCUUCCGCUAUCGUGAUUCGCACACCUACCUUCUCGAAGGUCAGGACAUCAGCUGGCUUCGUAGCUCCCGACCUGCCGUUCCUUACUGAGAAAUGGCACGUCACGCACUCGACUCUUCCCAUGUGGAAGGAUAAGCGCAACGUUGCCAUCACUUACGAACCAAUCGCCUCUUCGAAUGCUGCCGACGCGCAGCGCAUCAACGAUCUGGUAUCAUACCAAGGUCUCGAGAGCACAAAAGUCAGCACCGUCAAGGGCGUCGACACGGCAGCUACCGCUGGCAGCUUGGGCGAAUGGAACUGGAGAGGGUCCGGCUGGCUCAAGCCCAUCACUAGCCACUGGGAGGUCAUUGGCUGGGGAACAGAGGAGGCCACUGCGAACAAAUGGGUCGUCACAAUCUUUGCGAAGACCCUGUUCACACCAGCGGGGAUUGACGUGUACUCGAAGGACCGAACAGGACUCUCUGCGGCGACUAUCGCUGACAUCAAGGCUGGUCUUGCGGGCACUGGAGAUGAAGACGUGAAGCAAAUGGCGGCGGAGCUGUUUGAGGUCGUUGUCAAUGACGAGUCCAAGACGACGAAAGAGCAGUGAUCGAAAGGCGAAUAUGAGAUUUUGCCGGAAGUAUACAUCACGCUCGACUUGAUGCUAGAUGCAUCACUAUCACAAUAAGCUAGAUCUGAGAUACCCAAACAUUAAUUGUACUGACGCGUUUCUGAAAUAUUAUGGCGAGCCCACGAAGCUCCUGAGAGAAGUCGAAACCUC